CAAACGGGCCAGCCCAUCAGUAUCAAACUUUAGUGCUCUGUGAUUGUAACUACUUUAUCGUGUUUGAGUGGCAGCUGUUAAUAAAGAGCGGUGGUGCACUUUGAAGCAGUUUGUAUUGACAGGUACUUCACUGAUCAGUAUUUUGCUGUAGAAUACCACGUCUGAGUCAAAUGGCACACAUUUUAUCAACGCCAGGUUCCCCAGUAAUGCAGAGAAUUAAAAGAGAUAUGUCACCUCAACAUUCAUUUUCUAGCUUCACUUGGCCUUCUGUCAGUUCUCCUCUUGAUUCUUCUUUCAACUGCUGCUCAGUGAAUCCCCUCAGUGGCUCUGUGUGUUUUUUUCGUCGAAGCCCUCGUCUCCUCCAUAAUGGCUACUACAUUCUCAGUGACAACAGUUAUGUGACAGAUGAAGACAUCAGUUUCACUAUCUUACCAUCAGAGACUAAUAUUUCAUACAAAGAGAGGCUUGUAAGGAUAUUCAGAAAGAGAAGAAGGGCCCGCAAAUGCCUGGCAGGCUUAUUUAGCCUAACAAGACCUUCGGUCUCAUGGUUAAACAACAGCAGUCUUAGUAAUAUGAAGCUUCCACUUGCUGAAUCUUCGAGCAUUGAUCAAGAUGAAGAUGACAACGACGAAGAUGAUGAUGACAGUGACACUGAUAGUAGUGAUGGUGAAUCCAAACACAAGAGCAAUGAAAAGACUAAAGAUUCGCAAACCUUGUACUACUGGAUGAUUUUAACUCUUACAGCUUGUUUGUUCAUCUCUAUUUUUGCAAGUUACUUUUUAUUGGGAGGCGCAAUGGCUAUCCUGCUUACCCUCAUACUUGUAUUCCCAUUCAUCUUUAAGUUUGGUGUUUUGAGGACAGAGUUUGCUGCCUUUCAUAAUCAUAAAUCUGACAAAAGAAAAAUAGAGGACGGGUCUUCAAAAAGAGAACAAUUAGAAUAUAGCUUCAGAAAACAACCAGAUCUGAUGCCAGAUGCUUUCAGAGGAUUGCAGAAAAGAUGGUUCUACAAAACAGACAUAAGCCAUGCAACUAAAUAAAGAAGCAAGCCACAUCUUUAAACACCAGUAUAUUACAUUUCUUUAAUUAAUUUCCUGGAUGAUUUCACUGAGAAAGUUAUUCAGUUAUGCGUUUGCACAGUAGACUUCCUGUAGGUGUUUCAUAUCUUUUAAGUUAUCUGGUUCUGUUCAACUGGACUAAGAGGAAGCUGGUUCUUUCUCUUCUGCUGUUUUGAACUUUGCAUUGCAAGACAUUUUAAGGUGAAAACUAAGUAUUUUUUGUGGGAAGAAUAUUUAAUGAGUGUCUUACAGAUAACUUUAUCUUAGACUGGACAAGUGGCACUAAAAGUCAGACUCCAGAGUUUUGGAGUUCUUAAUUUUCCAUAUUGUUUUAUUUUACAGUGUUCUGAGGUGUAUUAAUUGCACUGUAUUUAACAUUUAUUGGCAUUUUAUUUUUUCCUUAUGCAAGCACAGAUUCAACCAAUGCAAAAAACUGCAACUUUCGCUGCUUACUUUUAAAUUUAUUGCACUUUAUAAAAUGGGCUUCUGAAGUAAAGAAAUGGAAUCAAUUAAAAUGCACCAUGUGCCCAUGCCCUUAAAUAUGGGUAAGAACAGAGUUAUCCAGUUUCUGAACAUUGCUGAAUGAGCAGAGAAGGUCUUCAGCUAUAUAUUCCAGCAUCAACAGCAGCUUAUAAAUAAAAAAUAUGUCUUCUGAUUUUACACACUCAGUAAAAAAUCUUCUGCAGGUUCUUGAAAUUAAGUAAGGAAUGAGACACAAUAAGGUGUGGUUUAUUGCCUGAUAAAAGCAUGCCCUGGUGUCUUUAGCAUGAGCAGCAUGCUGUCAGACAAAACAUUCCCUAAAGUAUGUUAUUCUACUUACAAAAUGAUCCACCCCCACAAACCAAAAAUAAAAGUGAGUACAUGGUGUAAGCAACAGAAGAAAUAAGUACUUGAAAAAAAUUGUCACUCAUUUGCCCAGAUACACACUCAUUUGUGCAUGUGUGCAUGCACAUACAAAAUGUAUGUUUAAAGGUGAGAUAGUAGUACCAUUUUUAACUGCUGAACUGUACACAAUGUCACAUUCAUCUCCCAUUGUAUGAUGUAAUCAGUUACCAUUCUAACUAAUCGUCAGCAAAGGAAGUAUUCCAGCUGCAGUCAGGUUUAUUUAUUUGUUUUUUAUUACUGCUUUUGUAGUUCAUUUUUGUG